UGCUGAUGCCGCUUCAGCGGUGCUCGCGCAUCGAGGAUAGAAACGUAAAUUAUCUUUCGAACAGCGAUCGUCAGCAUCGUCGCGAUCACUGGCAUCGUCGUGACGCACGACACCCGUAACGACGUCGCGACGUCAAGUGCCUCCUCCGCUUCGAGACGCGCCUCAAUUAGUUUAUCGGUAGACCCCACGUGGCCCAGGAAGCAGCGCGCGAGGUGAUGUUGCUGGAGUCGCGAGGCCUCACCGGUAGGAAGAGAAACGGAUUGACACUGACCUCGUUCGGCGACGGUGGCGGCGGUGGUGGUGGCGGAGGCGGCGGCGGUGGCGGUGGCGGCGGAGGAGCCGGCAGCGAGGAGGACGACGAGGAAUCCCGACAUCACCUCUACCUGGGCAGGAAGAUGCAGGGCGAGGGCACCGCCGCCCCCGCGGUAUCCACCGGGCUAUCCGGAUGUGCCGGCGAUGACGGCGACGAGAGCUCGAGCCCGUCGCCGAACAGCAGCCUCCUGAACAAUCUCAACAACAAUUGCAAUUCGAAUCGACAAUGCGCGACCGACUUCAGCAUAGCUGCGAUCAUGGCACGGGACUCGCGUCAGCAGCAGCAAAUGCAGCAACAGCAGCAGCAGCAGCAGCAGCAGCAGCAGCAGCAGCAGCAACAACAACCUCAUCAUCAUAAACAUUCGCAGCAGCAGGCCGUCGGUGGCGGCAAGCUGCAUCAGCACGAGAGGGAAGCCAGCGGUUCUGGGGUUGCUCGCGGUGCUGCGGUGCCGGUUUCGGAGACAAUCAACGCGGAGGACGAUGCGGAAACGGACGACACUGGAAGCUCGACGACGCCAGUUUCGCCGGUGGUGAAUCCUCUGCUUCAGGAACGCUCGAAUUGCGAGGAGCUGAAACACGUGGCCUGCCACCUGGAGACCAAAGAUCUCUGGGACAAAUUUAACGAGCUCGGCACGGAGAUGAUCAUCACAAAGACUGGCAGGCGGAUGUUUCCGACGUGUCGUGUCUCAUUCAAUGGACUGAAGCCAGACAGCCGAUACUCGGUUCUGAUGGACAUUGUACCGGUUGACAAUAAGAGGUAUCGGUACGCAUAUCACAGAAGCUGCUGGCUGGUGGCCGGAAAGGCGGAUCCGCCGGCGCCAGCCAGACUCUACGUCCAUCCGGAUUCGCCUUUCACGGGCGAGCAGCUCCGAAAGCAGGUCGUCUCGUUCGAGAAAGUCAAGCUUACCAACAACGACAUGGACAGGCAUGGACACCUGGUCCUGAACUCCAUGCACAAGUACCAGCCGAGGAUCCACCUGGUGAAGCGGCCGGACUCGGGCGUGGUGAAGACGAUCGUGGACCUCGAGAAGGAGCCGCACAAGACCUUCAUAUUCCCGGAGGCCAUAUUCACCGCUGUCACCGCCUAUCAGAAUCAGCUCAUCACGAAGCUCAAGAUCGACAGUAAUCCAUUCGCCAAGGGCUUUCGAGACUCCUCACGUCUUACUGACUUCGAGAGCUUCCCUUUCAGGGAGACGAUGGAGUCAAUGCUGGCUGAACAACAGUCGCUAAGGUUUCCGCAUCGAUUGCCAUUCGAGAUGGAGCAACUUCAGGCGGGCGCCGUGAGCAAUCUCAGUCUCGAGGAGAAAGCUUUAUGGGCUGCGCGUUCUCAGAUGCUGCUGAGAGCGGCCGCGGCCGUGGCCGCCAGCCCUUACGCUCAGCUGGUUAAUCCCGCUUUCGUAUACCCGGGCGCCUCGGCCGCUGGUACCAGCCAUCAGCAGCAGCAGCAGCAGCAACAGCAUCAGCAGCAGCAACAGCAGCAGCAGCAACUGGGCCAUCAUCUUUGGUGGGCCUCGUCGAUCGGGUCCACUCUCUUCCAGCAAAUGGCCGCGUCCAGCUCCCAGCAGAACCCGACAGGUCCCGCGGCCCCCCGACCGCUCUAUCCGUCGCCCCUUGCCCUGGCCCACCACCGAUUCUCGCCCUAUCACAUGGCGACCGUCCCCAAGUCCUCGACGCCGGCUGCUCCGUCGCCGUCGCCGUCCAGAAGGGCCACGCCGUCACCCACAGAUAGUCUCAGCAGGGACGCCCAGGAUCUCUCGCCCUCGUAGUCCCUCGCUUUGCUAGAAAAGUACUGGUCGUGUUUUUCUUCGUGAAGAGACUCUAGAGGGAGCUUGAGACACUUACUAAGACUGCGCGAUAAAAGCUGCUUUUUCUCAUUCUCAGAAAUGGAAGAUUCCCGUUUAAUUGGACCGUGAAUUGCCUUGUGAUUUUUUUAUGAAAAAAAUCUAAUUGCUCUUCAUGUGAUGAAAGUCAACUUUUCUUUUCGACUGAGACCGGAGCGUAGCGAUUAAUACCUCUUGCAAUAUUCGUCUUCUUUCAUGGAGAGAACUGACGAAACUUUUUGCGCGCGGUGAAAGUCGAUUUCCAUCAUGUUAUUUUUACUAUAAAUCUCGUUCUUUUUUAGAUUACUAGAAUUCUUAGCGAUUACAGAAUUUUCUCAUUUAGAAGUGCAAUAUCUAUUAUGUAGUUAAUUAUUAUGUUUUUUUUCCCUUAUCGUAUUAUUAAGGAGCCGGUCUCUAUUCCGUUAGACGAGUACAGGAUGAACGCGCCUUCGCACGUAUGCUUCGUAUGCAUGCGUAAUACGUGAUAAAGCAUUAUAAAAUAUUAUUUGCGCAAACGGGGAUCGAUUUUCGUCGCGCGUGUCACGCGUCGUCGAGAGACAUUGGGAGGACGAUGAGUAUCGAUGAAACGUGCAGAAUUCAGCAUGAAUAGUGACGAUAAUUGUAGUGUCAAAGGUUCUCGAUGGCGCCAGUCGAGUUGACCACGGCACGAGUUUGCCGCUCUCUAUCUUUCUCUCACGUCACGACGGAUGGAGCAAGGGAAAGAAACGUAAAACUCACGUUACCCGAGAGUCUGAAUGCUGGCCUUUCUCAGCUGAACUCUCGACCUUUGGCGAGCAUGGUGGCAAGCACAGAGGACUGGAGUCGUCUCACGUGACUCGGCGAUUCCGUUGUCCUUCCGACUGAACCAACUGGGACCGAGAGGAGGUCGAUCUGUACAUAUCCUUGCCUCGAUUCACGAUCAGAAGCGAUAGGACUGCCGAUCCUGGUAGUCAGGAUAGACCUAAGGAUCUAACAGCAUCUUGAAACCGAUAGAGAUAAAUAUCGUCGCGCAAAAAUUUGACGCAUUUGCAAAAAAUAUCGAGAAAGUAUUCUCAAUUUAAGUUUUAUUUGCUUUUAU